CAAUGUAUUUAACGUUUAUUUAACAUUACAUGGUGAACUACUUUGCCUCAAAGUUCAAGUACGCAUUUUUCGCAGCCACUCUUUCUUUAAAUCUUUGUUGUCCAAUGGGAUCGUACCCCGCGUGGUUUUAUGCGCGUGAAGAAGUUGAGAUUGUGCACGACGGUUAUUCGACAUCAUGGCUGACUCACUGCUGAUGCUGUCGACGGAGGAUCUUCUUCAAAAAUUGAAAGAAGCUGGAAUAAACGUCACUGAAGAUGAAGCAAAGAAAUUCAGAGAAAAUGAAGUGGAUGGAGAAACAAUAGAGUGUGGCCUCACAGAGACCAUGAUCUCAUAUUUAUUUCAAGGCUCCUUUAAAAAACAGGCCAAGUUUAACAAAUUUGUACACAAGCUGAAGGAGGUGGUUACAAUAACACUAGAACCAGUCCCAGCAGAAUCCUAUCAACAAACUUUGACUACAGAAAUAAAUGCAACUGGUGGAAGACUGCCUGCUGGAUUUGCCAUUCCACUCUUUCCUAGAGAACUUCAGGCCAAGCUUGAUAACAAAGAACCAUGCCAGAAGUCCUCUAAGGAUAGACACAGAAUCAUUAGAGUUCUUCAUGAAGCCAUGAUGGAACACGCAAUGUAUCCAACCAAUGCAGAAUAUGUGCAGGUGGCAAAAGCACUUAUUGUGAAAUAUCCUUUCUUGAAGGAUCUUGAAGGGAAUGGCUAUCACACUUGGCACCAGUCCCUCAAACGCAAAUUUAAAACUGAGCGUGCACCUCUGGUUCAUGAUGAUGAGGUAAGGAGGAGUAAGGAGAAGUUUGGGCACAAAAAAUUUAGACUCUCUGAACAAUCACCAGCAGCCUGUCACAGAUCUGAGUCAGAGGCAAUUGCUGUCAUUGGUGAGGAUGCAUCCUCUAUUGAGGGUCAUGUGAAUGUCCUGCAUAUCCAGUACAGCAAGAUGCGACCAGACACCUUGGUGGUCAAAGACCGAAUGCAGCGAACUUUCGCGUGGAGAAGAAGGGAAAUAAGAGAUGGAAUGACUGUGGAGGAUACACUUAAGAAAUAUCCUUUCUUAAAAACGCCCUCAGGGUUGUGUGAUGAAGUUGACCGGAUGCAUUCAUCACCUGUCAGUUUAAGCCAGCGCUUCAAGGAAGGCUUUACCAGUAUUGUGCCAAAAGUGGUUGAGCUUCAAAGAAAUGCUCCAUUGGCCAAAAUCUACAAAGAAGCAAGAGAAGAGAUGCUUGCUGAAAAUCUACCAGAUUCUGACUUUCGUGCAGCACUAAUUCUGCUGCCCCACAUCUUUAAAGAGAAAGCUGAGAGCUUAAUCACAUUGGGAGAGUGUGAUGCUGAUAAUCCAUACCCAACCAUACAGUUGCUAGAAACUGACUGGAAAAUGGCUUUCUCCAAGAGGGUUCAAGUCCUUGUCAAAGCAGAUGGUGUGGAGGUGUGCAGGGGAAUAGGAGUUGAAGAAGGGAUACUUGCAGCCUUCAGUGCUUACUAUGUUUUCAACUUGGCUUAUCCACCCUACAUGAAGAAUACACUGACCUUCCUGCAGCAUGCCAUAGCAAAGAUUACUGAGGUGGGUGGGAAGCCCCUUCCAAUAACUGUCACCCGAGUACUUAAUAUCCUGUUCUAAAAAUGCCACAACCAUAUCGAUGCACAAGGUGUAGAAGAAAAACCUUCACCUUAAUGAAACUAGUUCAACAUGUUGGUCUGGUUCACAACCAUGAACCCAAUUUCAGCAUGACCUGUGGACUGAAUAACUGCAAGUCAUCUUUUACAAUAUAUGAGUCUUUUAGGCGUCAUGUCUAUCGAAAGCAUAGGAAGCUUGUUCUACCUCGUGAUAUGGAUGCUACUGAAAACAUGGACAAUGACGAUGAUUUUGAAAACGUGGACUGUCAUAAUAAUCUGAAGAAUACUAAUGAGCUACA